GUAAUAUUGAAAGUGCGGAUGUGAACUGAAAACACGAAAAUAUUGCAGCUCAAACACGUUUGUGGUGCUAAACACACUUUAAACACCACCGAUGGAUUUGGUAAGGAACGUACUUUAAAUAUACCUUGGAAUUAACAUUCAUCAAUGAUGGCAAUACCAAUAGCAAUACUAGAUUGUGAUUUAUUGCUUCAUGGGAGAGGACACAAAACACUGGACAGAUUUGACAUAGAGACUGUUUCGGACGAAUUCCUGUUGACAACAUUUGGUUUUCCACGAGAGUUCAUUUACUAUUUAGUCGAACUUUUGCGGGACAGCCUGACACGACGCACACAGAGAUCAAGAGCCAUCAGUCCGGAUGUACAGAUCCUGGCUGCUCUGGGAUUUUACACAUCGGGGUCUUUUCAGAGCAAGAUGGGAGAUGCUAUAGGCAUCAGCCAGGCCUCCAUGAGUCGUUGUGUUACAAACGUUACCAAGGCAUUGAUUGAGAAGUCAGCAGAAUUCAUUGGUUUUACCAGAGAUGAUUCCACCAAACAGCAGUCCAAAGAGGAGUUUUACAGGGUAGCUGGAAUACCUAAUGUUAUAGGUGUAGUAGACUGUGCUCAUAUAGCCAUCAAAGCACCCAAUGCUGAAGACUCAUCUUAUGUUAAUAAGAAAGGCUUUCAUUCAAUUAACUGUCAGAUUGUUUGCGAUGCAAGGGGGCUUUUACAAUACGCUGAGACACAUUGGCCCGGGAGCCUGCAGGAUGAAUUGAUAUUUAAACAGUCUUCUCUCUGGAAGUAUUUUGAAGAGCAAGAGAAGCAUGAAGGCUGGUUAUUAGGGGAUACCUGCUACCCACUGAAGAAAUGGUUAAUGACACCUGUUCAGAACCCAGAGACUCCUGCUGAUUAUCGCUACAACCUUGCCCACACAUCCACACAUGAGAUUGUAGAUCGCACCUUCAGAGCCAUACAGACGCGGUUCCGCUGUCUCGACGGCUCUAAGGGCUACCUGCAGUACUCACCUGACAAGUGUGCUAACAUAAUCUUGGCCUGCUGUGUUCUGCACAAUGUCUCACUUCAGUCAGGACUGGAUGCUUGGACCUUUGAGAGGACAGAGGCUAAAGACCAGUCUGAUGAAGUAACUGAACACCCAGACACCGUGGACUCCGAGGCACACAGAAUACGUCAGGAGCUCAUUCUCAAUCACUUCAGCUAAACAUGGUAUUCUUUGCAAAGAUCAAACUAAAGACUGUUCUUGCAUUUGAUGGUGAUAAUAUGAAUGGUUUGUUCACUGUGAAAUGAAAACUGGGUCACCAUCGAUUCAGCCUCAUGCCAGAAACCAGCAGAGUGUUGCACUGUGGUAGGGAAUGGGUUUACUAAUCAGGUUGUCAUGGAAGGUCCUUUCUAUGCAAUAAUAGGCAGUAGUACAACAGGUGUACAGUACUCAUCUUCUGAGGCCAGUGGUGUGAAUCGCUAAUCUCAAAUUAAAGACAGAAGUGUGCAUUUAUCACUGCAGAAAUCAAGCCACACAACAAUCCAAAUUCCCAUCAAUUUUGUAUAUAAGAAUUUACAGUCAUAUUUAGUUGAUUUUUUUUGCACAUCAAAAAAUCAUGAUGAGUUCACCACAAAUACAUAGGCCUAUUUAAUGCUCACACAUGUCUGAGACACCUCUUGUACAUGUUUGGUACAGAAGAAUAAAGAAUUCAAGUGGCUCCCACCAGCGUGGUACUUGUUGACUUAGAAAAGUUCUUUGAAUUAACCAUGUAUCUCGUGUGUGGGAUACACUCUUGGGUGGAUUUGGAGGUCAGCAGUGGUAUAUCAGCAAAAGUAGUGAGUUUCCAGUUCUGUUUUCAAAUAAUCUAACAAUAACGAACCUCUGAAGAACAGAUAAUAACUUUGUUGGUGGCUACAUUGGAAACUGCUAUUGUUUUGUACCGUUCGCCUCUGGGUAAAGAUCUCUACCACUGGCUAUUGGAAGAUAGUGACGGAAUUUCAGAAUUUGGGAUUUACAUGUAAGACGAGGUGCAAGGACUCCACCAGGACAGCAACUUAUAACAUUUUGCACAAAUACAAGAAACUCAAUAUGCCUGAAAAGAAGAAAUAAUCAGUUUAAAGUUUGCUUGUAGUUAGGAACACAUUUGGUCCAAAAAGUGUAUUGUUUUCAUGUUUAACUUUUAAUCCUUUAUAUUGAGGGCUGUCAUACAACAUGCAUGUCACUCAAUUUACAGUUUGGGGAUUAGUUAAGGCUUACUUUUAUCCUGGAUAUAAAUAAAGAACACUAACCCAGUCUACAAGUGUUUUAUAUUACACAUAAUAACUACAUAUUCAUGAACAUACAUGUUCAAACAACAAAAUGGCCUCAUCAUUGUUUUUUACAUUCCAGAGAAAAGCCUUUUAGCAGCUUCAAAGUGUUAUGAUAGGCACUUCAUAUUUAAUAUUUCAAUAAAUUCAUUAUAGUUUAAUAUUGAAUACUUUCUUGUAAUCACUUAUUUUAUCCAUUCUUUUAAUUAUGUUUUUAUGGUCGAUGUAUUACAAGUUUUAUUUUUCGUUGUGUGAUUUAGUCGUUAAACAAAAGAAAUAAACAAAAUAAAAUGUU